UUCCGUAAUUCCACCCCCUCCCCCUCUCCACCCAACCAACACAAAGAAAACAACAUUUUUUUGAAACUCAAAACGCAAGAAGCUGUUCUCCGUCAUCACCGCCACCAUCAGCUGCUUUCCCCCACCACAGAAGGGUUGAAAUCGUUAUAAAUCUUUGCGGAUGAACUCCCCGGAUACGCCGUGCUGGGUUUCCGGGUCGGGUCGGUCGGCCGUCAUCGAUUCCAUACGCGGCUGCACGAUAUCCGGUGUGCGAAUCCCGAAGGAGGAGCUCAAGAAGAAGAUCACAUGUCCCGACUAUAUCAGGCUCGCAUUGACGGAGGCGAUCCAAGCCAAGGACGUUGAUGCCGCAACCGUCGUUCAGUUCUACGAGGAGGCUCAUGCUGAAGGAGCCGAGCCGGCGGAGCCGCCUGAGUUUCCGUUGGUCGUGUUUAUCAAUUCCAAGAGCGGUGGGCGCCACGGACCGGAACUCAAGGCCCGCCUACAGGAACUCAUGGGCGAAGAACAGGUUUUUGAGCUUUCAGCAGUGAAGCCUCAUGAAUUUGUGCAGUAUGGACUGGGUUGCCUGGAGAAGUUUGCUAGUCUUGGAGACAACUGUGCAAAAGAGAUUCGAGAAAAACUUAGAAUAGUGGUGGCCGGAGGUGAUGGCACUGUUGGCUGGGUCCUUGGCUGUCUUGGAGAGCUUAACCAGCAGGACCGACUACCAGUACCACCAACUGGGAUUAUUCCCCUUGGUACAGGAAAUGACUUGUCGAGGAGUUUUGGUUGGGGUGGGUCAUUCCCUUUCAACUGGAAAUCAGCCAUCAAAAGAAGUCUUGACAAGGUCGCCCGUAGUCCUAUUGCUCAUCUCGAUAGUUGGCAUCUUUUGAUAUACAUGCCAGCUGGCGAGGAGUUGGAGAUACCUUAUUCUAUCAAGGAAACAGAAGAAACUCCUCUUGAUAAGGAACUAGAAGUUGAAGGGGAGUUGCCGGAUGAGGUUUCCUGCUAUCAAGGAGUAUUUUAUAAUUAUUUCAGCAUAGGAAUGGAUGCCCAAGUUGCUUAUGGUUUCCACCAUUUACGAAAUGAGAAACCUUACCUUGCUCAGGGUCCCAUCGCAAACAAGAUAAUCUAUUCUGGAUACAGUUGCAAGCAAGGAUGGUUCUUCACACCAUGCAGCAGCGACCCAGGUUUAAGGAGUUUGAAGAACAUCCUGAGGAUAUAUGCUAAGAAGGUCAAUUCUUCAACGUGGGAACAAAUUCCUGUCCCUUCAAGUGUGAGGUCUGUCGUUGCUCUCAAUCUUCCGAGCUAUGCAAGUGGUAGAAAUCCAUGGGGCAACUUGAAGCCAGAGUAUUUAGAGAAGAGAGGAUUUGUCGAGGCCCAAGCUGACGACGGUUUACUAGAAGUUUUUGGUUUCAAACAAGGAUGGCAUGCUUCAAUGGUUAUGGUCGAACUGAUCAAUGCAAAACACAUUACUCAGGCUUCAGCAAUCCGGUUUGAGCUGAGAGGAGGAGAAUGGACGGAGGCAUAUAUGCAGAUUGAUGGUGAACCAUGGAAACAACCAAUGAACAGGGAGGUCUCGACGUUUGUGGAAAUUAAGCGUGUACCUCAUCGCUCUGUUAUGGUUAAAGGAUCAGAAUAAUUUCAACUUCUAAAUAAAUUCAACUUCUGUUGCUGGGGCUUCUGAUAAUUAUUUAUCUUGAUGCUCAGCCAAUUCUCAGGCAUCAAGCCAUUCUUGUACAGGUCCCUUUUCUUAACCUUGUAUGUAUCAAAUACAUUGUUGUGAGGGAAGCAAUUUAGUCGACUCCGAACUUGUGUUAGAUUUCCAUUUUACGUGGAAAUGCAUGUCUUGUCAGGACUCA